AUGAACUCCCACGGUUACAAGGUAUCCAGACAUAAGGGGCGUUUCUACACCGAAUUCUUGCCUUCCUCUGCGCACCUACCUGGUCAUGGGCUAGACAUCGCGCGUUCUAUUCCACAGGACUCAAGCGAAUACGCACAUUGGCUUCACGGUCAGCGCGAGUACCUAGAUAAAGUUGCGGAUGAAGUGCAGACCCAGGACGGGAAGCUCAGGCAUUCCUCACUCACCAUUUCUUCCGUGAAACCACUCGAUGGGGUCGUUGAGCACAUCUACGAGAUUGACUAUGAUAGUGAGACUUUUUGCUACGGAGGAUUCCCUAUGUUUCGCCUGGAUUCCAUGCCGUCGGAGAGUGUAUUCGUAUCUUAUUUCGAUACGGACAGCUUCAAACACCCGAUCCCCAGCACAAUCGUGCCUAAAGAGAACCUCUACCGCAUCAGCGAGCCACUGCCUCCCAAGCAGGACGACAUCGACUUAUAUAAACUUUACCAAGAGCCAACGGGGAACUAUAUGGCCUUACAGGAGACUUUGCGGCGAUACAGCAGUCUCAGCGACGCGCAAGACGUUCGAAUUCGAUUAUUCGAAAUCAUCGUUAGAGCCUUCAUGUCGGAUAAACUGUUUCAUUCCUAUAUGUGCUGCUCCAUGCUCUCCUCCAGCGACAACGAUGGUAGCCAUGCAUGCGUUCCGGAGUUCUUAGAAGAGGCAGGACUCAAGCUACUGCUGGUGGCAUUCCUACCGAUGCAUUUCGGGGGACUCUCCAGCGCCAUACACGCCAAGGCUGAACGGGGUUCCGAGUCCAACUCCUCCGAAACUGGAUAUUUAUGGAUACACCGCACCCUGUGCGCGAAAGCGGCUAUUCAUCUCCAAGAUGAGCCCACGUUACGAGGAUCCGUUGGCGGGUUGGUUAGACAUAUACGCAACACCGGCAAGCAGGGCGUGGUGUAUGGUGUACUGUGUUCGCUGUGGCAGGUAGUUAUCGUCCGAGUGGACAUGUCGAACGAGGGUGAAGGCAGCGUCGAGCAUACUCCCGCGCUGGACUUCCUCCCGCCUCGACGUCUGCAAGGUCCUUGGGCCUCUGGGCUGACGAUGCUCAUGCAGCUUUCUUUCCACCUCGAACGCUCCAUCUUCGACGACCUUGACAUCGUGGAUCCCUCUGCGCCGAGUCCACCUCCCACUCCGUGCCCCCAGACGUUACUAGACAAACUCCCAACGGAACUUCUCAUGGAAAUCUGCAGCUAUCUCCCCUCCCUCCUCCUCAGCCAAGACGCCCUCAUCGCCUUUGGGAAAUUAAACAGCGAAAUGGAAGCCUUCGUUGCGCCCAUAGUGUUCCGCCCGUCGGUUGCCUAUUGCUCCCUCCGAUCCAUAGCGGAGAGGACGACAGGUGCUGAUAGGGAGAGGUGGGAGAGAACUGGAGAGGCGUUCACGGAGGAUCGCUUUAUACCUCGCCUCACUUAUGGGCGUCCACCAGGGAUAUUGGUCACAACCGAUGGUGGGUGUGGGAGUUAUGUGCGCGUUUUUGAAAUACAGGGGGUUGGGUUGCUGAAAUUGCAGGCCAUAACCGCGUCGGUUGCGGUUGUAGCUUUGGGGAGCUAG